GAUUCAGGGGCUUUCUGACCUGGCCCUCCCGCCUUUUAUGUGGUUCUACUCCCACUCAGCCAUUCAGAGUUUGCUAAGUUAGAGGUGUGGUCAUUUCACCGGAAAGAGCGCCCCUCCUCUCCUGGGCUUCUACUAAAUUCUUAGCUUAGAGCCCGAGAUUUCAGGAAGUAGAGUGUGCUGUUUACCCUCUCAAUCUCUCCUGUGCAAUCCUCCCUCCUGAUGUCCUAGGGAUAGAUAGUGGAGGGUUUGGGGGCAUCUUGAAAUCCUGUGGGGGGCCCUGUCACUUUGGGUCCUUGUGUGAGUCCUGCCUGGUGUCUACCGCAGCGUGUUGCAUCCCACAGACCUUUAGAGGAAUCCGGAGUGCGGGGCUGUGACUGCUGUCUGCCCUUUGAGAGGCCACUUGCCAGUCGCUACGGAACGGUUCUUCAUAGUCUCUCCGGUUCCAGGAACACUUCGGUCUAGGAAGCAGAAGAUGCCAUACUCCAACCUGCAUCCAUCCAUCCCACGGCCCAGAAGUUACCGCUCCAAACUGGCAGCCUUCAUCUUGCUGGUGGGCAGCCUGGUGAGCCUUUGGAUGACAGGGGAACCACCAAGUCACACUCUGCAUUACCUAGCACUUCACAUAGCCUCGCAGCAACUUGGAUUACUGUUGAAAAAGCUCUGCUGUCUGGCUGAAGAGUUGUUCCAUGUCCAGUCCAGGUACCAGGGCAGCUACUGGAAGGCUGUGUGCGCCUGCGUGGGGAGCCCCAUCUGCUUUAUGGCCCUGAUCCUACUGUCAUUUUAUUUCUACUGCUUCCUUGAAAAUACUUCUGACCUGCACCUUGGUUGGCUGCUUGGCACCCUGGUCCUUUCAAAGUCCCUAAGCAUAACCCUGGACCUUCAGGUAUGACACAGAAGAGAUAGAUGUUGUGGGUAGAUGGAACCAUGGCUACUGUUGUCUGAGCUCAGUGCUGAGACUGAGACUAAGUUAAAGGUGGGCGAUCUGAGUGUGGGGUUAUGAAGGCUUGGAAUGAUGGAUUUAUAGCAGUGGUGAGACCAAGCGGGCAGCCGUGCAAGAGAGGGGCUUUGGAGGUUCCUCUUGAGAGUCCCUUAGGCCCUUCUGCUGUCUACAGAGCUUGGCCCCAGCAGAAGUCUCUGUGGUCUGUGAAGAAAAGAACUUCAAUGUUGCCCAUGGGCUGGCCUGGUCGUACUACAUUGGGUACCUGAAGCUGAUCUUGCCAGGACUGCAGGCCCGGAUCCGGAUGUUCAAUCAGCUACACAACAACAUGCUCUCGGGUGCGGGGAGCCGGAGGCUGUAUAUCCUCUUCCCAUUGGACUGUGGGGUGCCUGAUGAUCUGAGUGUGGCUGACCCCAAUAUUCGAUUCCGAGAUAUGCUGCCCCAGCAAAACACAGACCGUGCUGGCGUCAAGAAUCGGGCUUAUUCCAACAGUGUCUAUGAACUUCUGGAGAAUGGGCAGCCGGCAGGUGCCUGUAUCCUGGAGUACGCCACCCCCUUGCAGACCUUGUUUGCCAUGUCACAGGAUGGCAAAGCUGGCUUCAGUCGGGAGGACCGGCUUGAGCAGGCCAAACUCUUCUGUCGGACACUUGAGGAAAUCCUGGCCGAUGUCCCUGAGUCUCGAAACCACUGCCGCCUCAUUGUCUACCAAGAAUCCGAAGAGGGAAACAGUUUCUCGCUGUCUCAGGAGGUGCUCCGGCACAUUCGGCAAGAAGAAAAGGAGGAAGUUACCAUGAGUGGCCCCCUGACCUCAGUGGCACCUCGUCCCUCCCUACUGUCCCAAGAGCCGAGACUUCUCAUCAGUGGCAUGGAGCAGCCUCUCCCACUCCGCACUGACCUCAUCUGAGGCAUGAGAGAGCCUUGCCUGGGUCCCAGUGAUCCUUCAGCCUCUUGACUGGGCUCCUCUUUAAUGGCUGGGGGCCUCAGAGACUUCACAUCUCCAGAUGAGUCCCACAUUCCCAGGCAAGCCAUUUCACCUCUCUGAGCCUCAGCCUACCACUCCAAAGGCUGUCAUAAGGUGUUCCCUGCCCACUCAGGGGUUUUGUGAAGACAAUACAUGUAGAAGUUUGGUGUCAAUGCCUGGUAAACUUGAGAGAUAGGCCAAGUAUUUCCCAUGAUGAUCAGCAUUCUCCACUCUCUGUUGACUUGUGUGGGUACCAGCAGACCUCUGACCCUCCAGCUUCUGGUCAUGUGUGUUCAACAGGAGCUUCAGUAGAUGGAGAGAGGGAGAAGGAACAUGUGUUCUGUAGGCAGUCACAGUGGGCUGCCCUGCCAGGCUGUUUUCUCAGUAAACAUAUUUAUUCUCAGGUUUCUA